AACAAGUCCACGUUGGUCGCCUCGCACUGGCAAUCCCAUGUCGGAGCUGUCAGAAGUUGCUAACGAGACCAGCGAACCUGAGAAAAAGCUGGAAAGUAUCGUGGCGUGAUGGCUAAAUCUCACAAAGCCAUGAGUGAUGGGGAAUGGCUGGCACGUCUGCAGAAGUUUGCCAGUUCAGGAGUGUGGCCGUCUGGUGAGGGCAACAGACCUGCCCCUAGACAGAAGAGGUGGCAUGAACUGUACCUUAAGAUAGAAAAGUGUCCUCUUCAGUCCAGGGGUCAGGUCACUCUCUGGCUGAAGUCUCCCACCUGCUCGUGUGGAUUUCACAAGGGUCAUCCACCAGCCAACCCACCCACCAGCCAGUCAUACACCAGAGAGGACACUGUUACAGUCCAAGGAAGUGCAGUGGACACCAGCGCUGUGGGCACUGUUGUACGGCCAAAGAUGACACUGUCGAUGUUUGAAAAGUCGAGGUUUGGAGGCUCUCACGUUGCGUCAGCCAAACCUAAUGUAAACGUGCAACGCAAACCCACUCAGGCUCCUCCUAGUCCAUCUCCAUCUAAAUCCACAUCGGCAGCCGUCAACCCUCAACCCUCUCCAGCUCUCCGGCCCAUCAUCCAACCCUCCUCUUCCUUCUUACUUCCACCAGCAACAGAAACCUCAUCUGCAGGCCCUGAUCUGCCCUUGCUCUGGCCGCAGUCGAUGCCGAAGGAGGACCAUAAGUGGGUGGCUGAAGUCCUGUUUCGAGUAAAUGCGAAGGGGAAGAUGGAGUUAAAGGACAACCUUCAGCUGUGGUACAACCCCCCACCUCCAAAUCUCCUGUACCAUCAGGCUCCCACUCCAGACAAGUUUUUUUCCCACCGUCUGCUGGUCUGGAUGCCUUAUAGGCUGUGGCGUGUGAGUCUUAAGUGCACCAAUUCGGAAUGCGUCGGGCAUCAACUGACAAGUGGUGGAUUGCAUAGGAGGGUCCGGCAGGUGCUGGACAUUGACAGCUACUACAACCUAGUCACAGAGACCCUCAUUUGCACCAAGUGCAGGUCCAGCUACCUGUCCUGGGGAGACGCCGUGCUGCAGCAGCUAGACCUGGCCCAUCGCUCUGAGUUUAGGGUCAUCCUGACACAAAAACAUGCCAUUGAUAUACGUGCCAUCCGUUUUUUGCGUGAGAGAACAAUGGGCAAUGGACCGGUACGCCUGGUCGGGCAGUUGAAGGAGAACCACAGCGAGCAGUGGUUGCAGCGGGUCAAUCGCUACACCGCAGAGUGUAUGGGGUUUCGCAACAACAACCUCGGCCUCCAACAGAUGUCCUUUCAGAGACCUCCAGACCCUGUGGAACUGCCAAGCUACAAGUGGCUCCUCACUGUUUACAGCAAGGACAUUCUACACAGGCUGGAUGACAUCAAGGCAGCCAUCACUUCAACUUAUGGGUCUAUCUUAAAAAUGGACUCGACUAAAAAAAUCACGAAAAAAUUGAGUGGGCCUGCGAAGGGGACGGCACAGUGGAUGACGUCUGUGGGCAACGAAUUCGGCCAGGUACUCAUCAGCGUCCUGACUACAGAUGAGGGUAAUGGGCUUGACGCGAUGACAGCGGGGUUGGUUGAGCGAUACAGAAGGGCAGGCGUUUCUCUCCACCAACUGUGCUCUAUGUGGACUGCCACUGCUGCAAGGAGGCGGGAGACACUAAGCUGA